AUGGCUAGCCCUGAUGCUGCAAGGGACAAAUUCUACGCCAUCCUGGCGUCUUUGCUUAAGGCGGAUGAGUUGAUUGUCCUUGGUGACUUCAACGCCUGGGUCGUCACCGACCAUAUUACCUGGAGAAGAGUGCUGGAUCCCCAUGGUCUCGACAGUUCCAAUGACAGUGGCCUGCUCCUCCAACGAACCUGUGCCGAACACCGGCCCAUCCGGACUAUCACUUACUUCUACCCCCUGAUGCGAGAGAAGGCCACCUGGAUGAACCCUCGGUCACGAAACUGGCAUCUGUUGGACUCUGUCAUCGUCCGGAGGCGAGACCAGCGGAGCGGGCCGGUGGCAAAGGCGAUUCUGGGUACUGACGGGUGA